CCCUGUUCGGAUGGAGAUCAGCUGUUGGCUGCUGGGAGGCAGGAAGUGAUGCAGGAAAAUGUCUCUAAUGUAGCUGCGCUCAAUGACUAGAAGGGGAAGCACAAAGAAAUAGGCAGCGUUACUCCGAGUUUCUUUUUUCUCACACUGAACUCGACUCUAAAUGGACUAGAAGACAAACUCCGACUCUCGGCGUUUUUGCGUAUUUUUUCCCUAAAACAGGAAAACAACCAACUUUGGUGUUAAAGUUUUCUUUCGCCUGCUGUCCCCGCUAGUUAGCUAGCUCUCUACGAGUUUUUGCUCCACUUCAGGGUUUCGACCAACUUAUUUAACUUCUUUGUUGCUUUUUUAAACCCUCUUUUUCGGAAUGAUGUACAUUGAAACCACUCAACACGUAAUUUUCCGGAAAGGUUUGGGAAUGAUGAGGUGUCCCGUUCUGCUUGACUGCAGCGUUGCUGAUGUCAAGGUCGCAAUGAUGGAGCAGAUCUGAAAGACGAUGCCCUCUGAAAGACUUUAUGGUUUUUAGGUUUGACAGUUGAAGCUUUGGCAGAUCUGGGAAAGGCCUGAGGGUAUGUUGAGGCAUCUCGCCCGGCCAGAGAAGAGGUGUGUGGGCGGUUCGGACGGGGACUGACGGCGAGGAGGACAGAGACGAGAGACAUGGGCCAGUGUGUCACCAAGUGUAAGAACCCGACGUCGUCUCUGGGCAGCAAGAGCGGAGACAAGGACAGCGCGUCCAAGUCCCACAAGCGGGUCGACAGCGCCAGCGGCGGCGUGCACAAAGACGACUGCAGCGCCCCCUCUGGCAAAUCCACCAGCGAGCUGCUGAAUGGCACCAAGGCCUUAGAGGUUACCGUGGAGACGCCCGUCAUCUCCGCCGCCAUGAGGGAGCCGUGCAGGGAGGACGGCGACGGGCUGUCCAUGGCGCGCAUCGACGAGCUGUUCGCGCGCUACAAGGACGAGCUGGAGGACGCCAUCUUGGAGGAGGGCAUGGAGCGGUUCUGCAACGACCUCUGCGUCGACCCGGCCGAGUUCCGGGUUCUGGUUCUGGCCUGGAAGUUUCAGGCAGCCACCAUGUGCAAGUUUACACGGAAGGAGUUUGUGGAGGGCUGCAAGGCCAUCCGGGCGGACAGCAUCGAGGGCAUCUGCUCCCGCUUCCCCUUCCUGCUGCUGGAGGCGCAGGGCGAGGAGAGCUUCAAGGACCUGUACCGCUUCACCUUCCAGUUCGGCCUGGACGCCGACGAGGGCCAGCGCUCGCUGCAGCGCGACAUCGCCAUCGCCCUGUGGCGCCUCGUCUUCACGCAGGACAUGCCGCCCGUCCUGGAGCGCUGGCUCGACUUCCUGGCCGAGAACCCGUCGGGCGUGCGCGGCAUCUCCAGAGACACGUGGAACAUGUUCCUGAACUUCACGCAGGCCAUCGGGCCGGACCUGAGCAACUACAGCGAGGACGAGGCCUGGCCCAGCCUCUUCGACACCUUCGUGGAGUGGGAGCUGGAGCGCCGGAAACGAGAGGAGGAGGAGGAGGAGGCGGCGCUGACGAAGGACGAGGAGACGGACUGCCCCGCCUCAAACGGGCCGGACGCCGAGGGAAGCCGUGGCGCACAGACGUGGGGAGGCCACUGACCUCAGAACCACACAUAUUUCUAUCAGAGGGAAGAAUAUGAUCUAUAAGUGAAGCAGACUUCUGGGAAUUAUUAGUAUUACCAUUUCAGCUUUUGGUUUCGCUCCUGUUCGGUUCCUGCACUGCAAAAAUAUAAAACCUCACCCGUUGAUUUUGGUCCAGUUUCUACUGCAAAUGUCUUAAUCCGCCUGAAACAAGAGAAAACGAACAUGCCCAACUAUGUAGCUCAAUAUAAUUCAUUAAUAUUAAUGAAAAUGUUCCAUUGGCAGAUAAUUUCACUUUUAAUGGCAUUUUCCUCAUUUUCUGAGUGAAAUAAAGGAAAUGACCUUCUACAUCUUA